AUGCUUAAAUUGGUUAUAUUUCUUUUUUUCAUUGUAUUUUUAAUAAAAUGGGAAAUUAUAACUUCGAUAAAUAUAUUCCAAAAGGAGUCAAAUAGUGUAACUACCAAUUUUCGAAAAAGUUGUAAACAAAAUGGCUUGCUUAAAAAUAUAAGAAGGAUAUAUUUACCCUAUAUUAUAGGAAACAAUGAAGAUAAUAAUAUUGUGAAAAGUAUUGGAAAUAAGAAAUUUUUUAAAGAUGAUAAAAAAGUUAAAACGAUUAAAUAUAAUUACAAAGAUCCCUAUAAUCGGAACAGUCAUUCUGGUCAUAAUAAUAGCAAUGAGCUAAAACAAAAAAAAAAAACAAUUUUUUUUGUUUUUAAUAAUUUAGCUAGCUCAGCUAAAAAGAAAAAAUCCAAAAUAAAAAGGGGAACCCAUGUUUAUAACUUGAAUUAUGGAGAAGAAGAACAACCAAUAGACCCUGAAUUGGAAGAAAGUUUGAGUGGGUGUAUAGAAAAUGAUAUUAGAGAUAAUUAUUUUGAUUCAUUAAUAGGUUCUAGUAGCGAUAAUUAUGAUUAUGAUGAAGACAAUUUUGAUAAAGAUGAUUUAAGUGAAGAGACAAAAAGAAAAAAAUAUUAUGCAUAUGGAAAAAGAUUUGAUGAUCAAGAUUUUAAUUCUGAAAAUGUAAAUAAAUAUUAUCAAUAUUUGCCUAUAUAUAAUAAUGAAACUGGUGGUAAUAAUAAUAUUCGAAGAAAUACCAAUAAUACAGGGGAAAUGACAAAAUUUCGAAAAAUGUAUGAAAGUAAUAAAAUUGAAAAUUUGGAAAGAAAUAUAAGAGAAGAAGAUUUACAAUACCCUUCUGUUCCAGUUAAUUGGAAAGUUUAUGUAUGUCUUUUUUUUGAUAAAAAAUAUAACUAUGAAAAUGCUAAAGAGGAAAAGAUAUACAAUAAAUUUAAUAUAAAUAUACGUCAUAAAUAUGCAUUAGAAUUUUUAGCAUGGGUGAGAUUAUCAACAAGGAUAUAUCAGAACACAUCAAAAAUGUUAAUGUUAUUUAAUUUAAAAAAAAAUAAUAAUGUAUAUGGUAAUUUACUUUUUUUUACAUCCUUAAAUUUACACUAUGCUAAAAUGUUUAUGAAAUCCAACCCAUAUAUAAAACUUGGGUUAUGUGAAGAGUUAUAUUUAUAUUCCUAUGAAAAUAAUAAUGAUCAUUUUUUAAUUGGCAAUUUUCCAAACUUAUUUAUACAAAAAAAUUAUUUGCUUGUAAAAUUUUUUAACCAAGAUAAAUUAAAAGAUAUCAAUGAACUUUAUGAAAAGCAUAUGAGAUUUUAUAUAACAUCAAGUAUGAUCUUUAAAUUAGGUACAUUAAAAAAAGUUCCUAAAGACAACUUAAAAGAUUUAUUUUUAUCUACAUAUCAAUAUUUACCAAUGACAGAUAAGCAAACUAAAAAUAUUUUAAACAAAUUUCAUGAAGAGUAUAAAAUUUUUGAUAAAUGCAAAAGUGUGAAAAUUGAUAAAAAUGACUUUUCUAUAAAAGAUGUAAAAUAUGAGGAAAGCCACUUAAAUGAAAAAGAAGAUAGCAAUGAUAGUGACACUUCUGACGAUGCUUCUUCUUUUGAAAAGUUUGGAUCUAACUGUUUAGCAGAGUUAAGUAUAAUUAAUUGUAAAGAUGAAGAAGAGGCUCGUGAGUUUCUCGAAAAGGAUCCAUACACAAGAUGCUGUUUUUUCGAUAGCAUUUUUUUAUCGGAAGUUCGAGAAGUUGCCCCACAUGUGCAAUACUCAAAUGGAUAUAUGCCAAAACCUCAAUCAUAUUUAAAUUAUAAAUAUAAAAUUGAUACAAAAUUAAAUCCAAGUGAAAGUUUAGAAGAUAAACCCGAAUUUUUAGAAAAUCGAAGUUUAUUGGAAAAACCGUUAAAGGAUCAUGAAAAGGUGGAUUUUGAUCUUCUUGAUACAUUUAUUAAAUUGAAAUAUACAAAUAAAGAUAUUCUUUGCUCGAAAGAAAAAUCUGAUGAGGCAACUCAGAUUGAAAAAGGGGGUAAUAGAAAUAAAAACACACUUCGUUAUAAUAUUGAUGAACAAAAAGGAGAUAAAAAAAGGUAUAAAAUAAAAAUAGUAGACUAUAGCAACGAAUAUAUUGAUUAUAUAUGUAAUGUAGAAAGAAACAAAAUAUUAUAUACAAAAAAAAAAGAUAAAAACGAACAAAAUUUAAAGAAUAAAUAUAGUAACAUAUAUGAUAUACUGAAUUCAGAUAAGAAAGAUAUAAAUAUAAACAAGAAAAAUGACAUAAUAUUAAUAGAUAAUACUUUACAGUUUUUUGAUCAUAUAUUUUUUAAGGAUUAUUUAUCUGAUUUUGUUUAUAUAUCAUUACCACCUGGUGAAUUUAUUGAAGACGCAUAUGCAAUUAAAGAUGAGAAAAAUUAUGAUUUUACUAUUUUCAAUACUUCACUAGCUACACAAGAUGAUUUUUUAAAAAGGCAAAAUUAUUUACCGAGAUUUUUAAAGGGUAUAUGGUUAAAAAAAGAAAAUUCAAAAAUCUUAUUUUAUGAUAAACAAAAUAAUGCAUUACUAUUUGGAACAGGUAUAGAUAAAACAUUCUCGUGGAAUAAAAAAGUAGAACCUCGAAUUAUGAAAAGAGCUUUAAUAAAUAUGGAAAUAGCUAUUGAAAAAUUACGAAAAGGUAGUUCAAUAAUACAUGAUGAUAUAACAAUACAUCAGGAAUCAGAAAGGAUCAUUAAAGAGUAUACAGAUGAAUAUACUUCCCUAGAAAAUCGUUUUACUUCUAUUUAUAACCAGUUGACUGAUUCAGAGGGAUACAAGGAUUUGAAACCCGCCCCAGGUCUGGAAUAUUUAAAUCCCAACAUUUGGGAAAAAACACCUGAGGAGCACAAAAAAUUGAUGAUGGACCCCGAAAAAGUGCAAAAAAUUCAUUCAGACUUUUUAAAGAAACUUGAAUUAUAUAAAGUUACUAUUGAUGAUGAUCCAUUUAUUCAAAAGGAGCCAUCAGAAAGUGAAAUAUUAAGUAACUCUGAUAAGGUAGAUGUCGAUAUAUUAUGA